AAUGAGGAUUAGAGAUACUAAUUCUCAAUAAAAUUUAAUUAAAACAAAAGAAAAGCUCAAAGGUCCGCAUAAUUUAUUGUUUUUGGCUAAAAACAAUAAAUUUUGUUGGUCCUUUAACAUUUCUCUAAUAUAUUUCAAUCAAAUUUAUGAUCAUGUUAUUAAAACCAAGUUAACAACUGUAAUGUAUUUUUACCCAUUUAUCUUAUAUAUCUUUCUUUAAAGAAAAAUUUAUCAAGAUAAAACAAAAAAUAAUUAGAUUAGUUAAAUAUUAAAAAAAAAUUGUUGAUGCCUUUUGAAUGGAAUAUAGAAUAACGAACAUUGCCUGGCUUCUGUUUUUCGUUUGCUCUUUGCAUGGGCAUGGCCAGGGUGGUGUUGAGUUUGCUUUAUCUAUUUUCCAAACCUUUUCUCUUUCUUUGCAGUGUUGUUUUGUCUCAUUACGUAACAUUCAAUCGAACAAGAUUCAAAGGCAAGAUUAAUAAAAACAAAAGCAAUAAUUCCAUUUGGCAUUUGGAAUCCCUCUCUAUGAUCUACUCAAUUCAAUUUCCAAACUCAUUCAUCAAAAUCUGAUUGAUGGUAUGGGGAAUCAGUUCGUUAAGAAGCCAAAGGUCACCGAUGUCGAUCGUGCAAUUCUUGCACUCAAGACCCAGAGACGCAAGCUUUCUCAAUAUCAACGAAAGCUUGAUGCUGUUAUUGAAGCUGAAAAGCAAGCUGCACGGGACUUGAUUCGUGAAAAGAAGAAGGACAGGGCCUUGUUAGCAUUGAAGAAGAAAAAAGCACAAGAAGAACUGCUGAAGAAAGUGGAUUCCUGGCUUAUAAAUGUUGAGCAACAAUUAGCAGAUAUUGAACUUGCAAGUAAGCAGAAGGAUGUCUUUGAUAGUUUGAAGGCCGGAAGCAAUGCAUUGAAGGCGAUACAGAAUGAGCUAAACAUCGAGGAUGUUCAGAAACUUAUGGAUGAUACAGCUGAAGCUAAAGCUUAUCAAGAUGAAAUUAAUGCAAUAUUAGGAGACAAGUUAUCAGCAGAAGACGAGGAGGAAGUUUUGGCUGAAUUUGAAAACUUGGAAACUCAGCUUAUUGACGACGAUCUUCCCGAAGUUCCCACAGCGGCAUCUAUAUAUACAGACGAGAAACUGGACCUUCCUGACGUCCCAACCACAGCACCGGAUGUGGAAGUUGCUGCCAAUUCUACAAAGAAAGUUAUGGAGGAACCUCUGCCAGCUUGAAGAUCAUUUGUGACCUGCAUGCAAAUUUUGGGGAAGCAUUGGCCUCCAUUUUCAAUUUGGACUUGGCAUAAUUAAUUUGCACUGCUUUUUGCAUAUAUAAUACGUCAAUGACACAAAGGAGCAUAUUGUAAAGAAAAAAAUAGUAUUAAAUUAGGGUCGUAAAUCGUAACCUCAAAAAUCAAAAGUAACUAAAAAAAAUAAACAGAUUGAUAACAAGUAUUUUUA